UUUUUUAAACUGCAGACAUUCAGAAAAGGUUUUACUUUGAUCUUUGGAAUCAGGAGGAUGAAUCAAGUGUGCAUGGCAGUAUAUUGAAAUGUUAUUUAUAAGGAAGUCUGGACCACAUGCUGCUGAAUCUAAUGUAUUGGAAUGACCACCCAGGAAUCUUUGUAACCUGAAUUACUCUAUAAAAUGAAGACUGUACUCUCUGUACUGCUUUUAACUUUUCCUCUCCUGCGUAUGGUAAAUGGAUUUCAUCCAGAAUGUAAACUGCAAUUGGAAAUAAAAGAGGAAGAAAUAAAAUGCAUUGACAAGCUGCAGAGGCAGAGGACAGCUGGGUUUAGCCGCGGAUGUUUGGGAGUUUGGGAUAAUGUAACAUGCUGGGACCAAGCUAAAUAUGGAGAAACCAUCACUAAGUCUUGCCCUCUCGUGCUACGAUAUUACUUCACCAAAGAUGGAAAUAUAAGCAGAAAUUGCACAACGAAAGGAUGGACUGACGUUUUCCCAAACAUAUUUGAUGCCUGUGGGCACAAUGAUAAUGUAACGCAAGCUCCUAAGCUGUCUUUCUAUAUCAUAGUGAAAGCUAUCUACACGUUUGGUCACAGUGCUUCACUCAUAGCACUUACAGUAGGAAGUGCAAUUCUUUGUUUAUUUAGAAAGCUGCAUUGUACGAGGAACUACAUCCACCUGAAUUUGUUCCUCUCAUUUAUUUUGAAAGCUAUUUCUGUAUUAGUGAAGGAUGAUUUUCUGUACUCCAGUUCAUAUUCCUGUCCAGACUCUCUGGUUGGCUGCAAGAUUAUCUUAGUGUUUUUUCAUUAUUGUGUGACAGCAAAUUUCUACUGGUUGCUGGUAGAAGGACUUUACCUACAUACACUUCUUGUGGUGAUCUUCUCUCCAAACAGACAUUUUACUAUAUACCUGUUUAUUGGAUGGGGUAUUCCCACCAUAUGUAGUAUUGUAUGGAUAGUUACAAGAAUUUAUUUAGAAGACCGUGGAUGCUGGGAUACUAAUGAGCACAGCAUUCCAUGGUGGGUUAUAAGAAUACCGAUCAUCAUUUCUAUCAUUGUAAACUUCUGCCUAUUUAUUAAUAUCAUUCGAAUCUUACUGCAGAAGUUAAGGUCUCCUGACGUAGGAGGCAAUGACCAAUCCCAGUUCAAGAGACUCACAAAAUCCACCCUUCUGCUUAUACCAUUGUUUGGGGUCCACUAUAUGGUGUUCACUGUUUUCCAGAUGCCCAGUUUCAGUGAAUGUCAGAUAUGGUUCGAGCUUUCUAUUGGAUCAUUUCAGGGGCUGGUGGUGGCCAUUCUGUACUGCUUUUUAAACACGGAAGUCCAAGGAGAGCUAAAGAGGAAAUGGGGGAGUUUUUAUCUGAACCGAUACCUAAGCCGAGACUAUCGUCUGCAGAGUCUAUCGAUUUCACGGAAUGGCUCAGAAUGUGCUCCACAAUUUCACCGAAACUCAAGAGCUCCGUCCAUCAUGCAAACUGAAACGUCCAUCAUAUAAUUUGUAUAGCUACAAAAUCAACUAUUCCAGCAAAAGGACUGCUGAAGAUUCUGUGCAGCUACAUUUGGUAUCAGUGGGGGAAAACUAUACCUUCAAAGUGUUUUAUUUUGAAUCUGAUGACCAACAAACUUUUCUAUGAACUUUGGGACUUGAUGUUGCACUUACCACUCAGCUAUCAGCUAUUUCUACCAUGCAAUUCUUAUCAUGUAAUUUAUUAUGUUUUGUGUAUCUUCUAUAUGUUUUGUGGAACAUAUUCCGUUAUUUGAGUAUUAAACUGUAUAGUUUAUUUG